ACAAGACAACUGUCUCCGAUUUUUUCGCUUUAACGAAGGAGUUAAGUACCGUGGUCCAGUUUAUGGGAGAACCUUCAAAGAAAGCACAGAUAGCACGUUUCUUGACCGUUUCUGAGUCAUUUUUUAUAUAGACGGCGGUAUUUGUUAAAACUUAACGCUUCUUUGGCGACGGCGAAAGUUACUGCAAAAAUUUAAUUAGCUCGAUUACAUCUUUACCGCACGAGCUCCAGAAGGCUUUAACUUAUCUUUAUUCGUCAUUAUUUGUACUGUAGUUGUAUAUUUGACAACCUUUUAGUACUUUAAUAGUUUGUCGGCCUUUAAACUUAAGACGAACUUUUUAAAAAAGAUGUUCUAAACUUUUCUUAGCAGUUUUUACUUUUUAGGGAGGUUAUCGGUUAUUUUUCCUGAUGUUUUGCGCUUUGUCAAAACCCUAACUGAACCAUGAGUGCGACCCGAGUCCGACCACAGAGCCAGGCUGGCACUGACAAGCCGCCCCGCACGCUCGACUCCAGCGAGGGGAUAGAGAUGGAGAACAUCCAGCAUCAAGAUCCGGGCCUCGGGGGAGUCGCAGGCUCGCCGUCCCCGCCGUCCAGACAGGCGUGGAGCCGGGAUAACCCGGUCUUUGAACCAGAGGAGGAAAUCAUGCAAGCAGACUGGCCUCAAGCAAGUCCCGGCAGGAGGUCUGCGUUCACGGCCUCCGGCGGCAGCAGCUGCAGCAGCGGCCAUGGCGGCUACACCCGCGCGGGCAGUAGCACUCAAAUCCCCCGAGGAGGACUGUAUCCCACCCAGACCCUGAAUGGCCAGCAGCAAGACAGACACGAGCAUCCCGGCUGUAUGAAGCGGAUAUUUCAAAAUAUCAGAAUUCUGUGGGGGACAGAGUUGAUGGAGGACGGUGACAGCAACCGUGAAAGGUACCUCUGGAACGUACUGAGAGAGCUGCUCACAUAUAUCGCGUUUCUCAUCACCAUUUGUAUCUUGACCUAUGGGAUGAUAAGUACCAACAUGUAUUAUUACACCAAAGCCAUGUCUCAGCUUUUCCUCGACGCGCCACUGUCUUCAGAAAACCCCAAGACUUUCAGGAGCCUCUCCACCAUGGAGGAUUUCUGGAAGUAUACUCAGGGGCCCUUCCUCGGGGGCAUGUAUUGGGAGGUGUGGUACAACAACCAGAGCCUGCCAGGGAACCAGAGUUUCAUCUACUAUGAGAACAUCCUCCUCGGGGUGCCGCGACUCCGCCAGGUCAGAGUCCACAACGAGACCUGCUCCAUCCACGAAGAUCUCAGGGAUGAAGUUCAAGGUUGCUACGGUGUAUACACCCCCAGCAAUGAGGACAACUCUCCCUUUGGCCCUCAAAACGGAACAGCUUGGGUGCACACUACAGAAAGCAAGAUGAACGCCAGCACUCAUUGGGGUCAGGUGUCCAAAUAUGGAGGUGGAGGCUACUACCAAGACCUGUCCCGCACCAGAGAAGAGUCCGGCCUCCAACUGCAGUUUCUCAAAGACCACCUGUGGCUGGAUAGAGGCACCAGAGCCAUCUUUCUUGACUUUUCAGUCUACAACGGAAACGUCAACCUUGUCUGUAUAGCCAGGUUAUUGGUGGAGUUCCCAGCUACUGGUGGAGUGUUGACCUCUUGGCAGUUCCAAACAGUGCGCCUGAUAAAGUACGUGUCCAGCUGGGACUACUUUGUUGGCGUGUGUGAGGUGGCGUUCUGUCUGUUCGUCCUCUACUACGUGGUGGAGGAAGUGCUGGAAAUCCACAUUCACCGACUGCAUUAUUUCAAGAACCUGUGGAAUUGUCUGGAUGUUCUCAUUGUGACGUUAAGUGUUGUUGCCAUUAUCAUGAGCAUAACCAGAGCAGCCAUGGGUGGAGACCUCCUGAAAGGCUUGGAGAACUACACCUCUCACACCAGCUUUGAUUCUCUGGCUAACCUGCAGGUCCAGUUCAACAACAUGGCUGCAGUGAUAGUCUUUUUCUGCUGGGUAAAGCUUUUUAAGUUCAUCAACUUCAACAAGACCAUGAGUCAGCUGUCCACCACCAUGUCCCGCUGUGCCAAGGACCUCGUGGGUUUUGCCAUCAUGUUCUUCAUCAUUUUCCUGGCUUAUGCUCAGCUUGCCUACCUGGUGUUUGGAACUCAGGUCAAUGAUUUCAGCACUUUCCAAGGCAGCGUGUUUACCCAGUUUCGUAUCAUUUUGGGAGACUUUGACUUUUUCGAGAUCAAAGAAGCGAACCCAGUUCUCGGACCGAUUUACUUUAUAACCUUCGUCCUCUUCAUUUUCUUUAUUCUCAUGAACAUGUUCCUGGCCAUCAUUAAUGAUACGUACUCUGAGGUGAAGGCGGACAUGGCCCAGCACAGGUCUGAGAUGGAAAUGACCGACUUCAUCAAGAAGGGCUGUACCAAAGCUUUGGUCAAGUUGAGACUGAAGAAGACGACAGUGGACGACAUAUCUGACAGUUUGCGUCAAGCCGGGGGAAAGCUGAACUACGAUGAACUCCUUCAGGAUCUCAAAGAAAAGGGCCACACGGAAGCAGAGAUUCAGGCCAUCUUUGCAAAGUACGACCAGGACGGGGAUCUGGAGUUGACGGAGCACGACCACCAACAAAUGAGAGAUGACCUGGAGAAAGAGAGAGAGGACUUGGAUCUGGAACGCAACUCACUGACCAGACCCAGCAGUGGGAGGAGCUUCCCUCGUACACAAGAUGACUCAGAGGAAGACGAUGAUGAGGACUCUGGUCACAGCUCUCGUCGCCGUGGCAGCAGUUCGGGAGGCGUCUCCUAUGAGGAGUUUCAAGUGCUUGUGAGGCGCGUGGACAGAAUGGAGCAUUCGAUCGGCAGCAUCGUGUCCAAGAUCGACGCUGUGAUUGUGAAGCUGGAGGGCAUGGAGAGAGCCAAGCUGAAAAGACGAGACGUGCUGGUCCGGCUGCUGGAUGGCGUCAUGGAGGACGAGCGUUUGGGCCGGGACGCAGACACCCACAGAGAGCAGAUGGAGAGGCUGGUGAAGGAGGAGCUGGAGCGCUGGGAGACGGACGACGUGGCCUCGCAGGUCAGUCACCCUCAGCCCGCCACCCCCAUCGGCCCUCGGCCCCGACCCCCCUCCUCCCUGUCCACAGACGGCCUCGACACGAGCGCUAACGGAGGAACCCACGUGUGAAGACAUCAGGAGAAAUGAUCUACCAAAAACAGUUGCAGGGCAGAUGUUUCACAUGUGAAGACUUUCUUUCAACAGACAUUAAUGUUUAACAUGUAGCUAAAUCUGACAAAGUUCUUCCAUUUUACAACUUUAUGGUUUUCUUUAAUG